AUGCCCGACACGCCCGAGCCGGAUGUCUCUCAUGCUGUGCACCCUUGUCCUACCAUGCCAUUUCCUUCCUGCAAGUCCGAGUGCAUCCCCGGUGACGGAGUAAACACCGUUCGUGACGACGGAGAUGUGCCACGCGACUCGGGAAGAUGGAACGACGGUGUUCAGACUGCUGCCAUUGAACAUCUGGUCACACUCAAACAGGGGUUGCGGACAUCCGAUACCGAGUUGUUCUGGAAACGGCUUAUGGAGGAUCUCACAUCUAUAACGGAAGCCCAGUACGGCUUCGUUGCCCGAAGGGUGCACGGAAGUCCCAUGCCAGAACUAGGCGGGCGGCGCCCGUCGCUUUUUGGUGCAGUCUUCUACUACAACGAUGGCUACCAGACUGUUGGUUUGCAGCGAAACAGGUAUUUCGCGGGUGGGAAUCCUUUGUUGCACAUGGACCACGAACGACCUUGUUUGAUUCCCGAAAAUCUUAGUUCACUGGCCUCGUUCGGCGAUGAUCAACUCCCAUUUGGUGCCGAUGGAUAUUUGGCGAUUCCGCUUUUUUCGGCUGGGAAGUGCCUGGCGCACCUCGGGUUGAUGUGGUCAAAGGAUGGGCUUCGAAAGCGAAAUCUGUCCUGGUCCUUUCUGGAAAUGAUUCUCCAUUCGCUCGAGGACAUGAUUGUACAGCGACUAAACUCAGAGGUAGAAACUCUAGAUGAAAUGUCGGAUUCUCCAACGACGAGUAUUUCCGAUUUUCACGGAGCCUAUGAUUGCGAUUCCCACCCCCUCAAACCAUAUGCCCGAAGCUUAUCCCACGAAUUGAGAACUCCGAUGCAAGGUGUAGUGGGUAUGCUCGAUGUCAUGCACGCUACCGUGUGCGAAGCGAUGGAGAGCAAGACUCCCAUCAAGUCCGGGGCCAUCUUUCAAGCUCUCAAGGAGGGGAUCGAGAUGAUUCAAGAUAGCGCGAGACGUGCUAUGGAAGCGGCCGAUAAUGUUGUUCAUGCAUAUGAUCUCAAUAUGCAAAUCCCUAAAACUCCACUCCGCGAGGAGUCCGAGAUACUAGGCGGCCUCGCGAUCCCACCUACUAUAUCUGAAACACGUCCGAGCAUUUUUAUCGCGGGGAACAAUAUCGCAGUAAAUCCAUACAAACGGCGGCGAAGCCUACCACCGGAAAUGAACCCCAGACCGGCACGCAAACAAAGACUUCGUGCGGCUUCAUCGCGACAGGAACUGUCCCCUCGUAGCGAGGAAGUCAAGAAUGCUGUCCAUGAAAGCGAUCAGAUCGUUCAUGCCAUUCCAGCUCGCCAAAUUGAAGCCGUCAUGGCCAAAAUGGUUGAUCCGCGCCCGUCCCUUGCAGUUAGACGAUCCGCACCUCAUUUGCUUCUGGAGGGUAUCAACGUGAACCUAAGAGGUUCUGCUUUGCGUUUUACGAAGUUACGAGAUCUUCUCCGUUUGGUGAUUAACGAGUCCCUCCACGUUGGUGGCCGACCUGAUUCUGCCAUUAGCAAUGCAACCGAGUUUGGGGAGAGGAUCGAGAUUCGGUCGCGGUCCUCAAACGGCGAAUUGUUCACCAAGGUUGUGGAUUGGUCUGUGGAUCCAGCAUUGCCCGACACCCUUCUCGCCGAUGACCGUGAUCUGGCCAAGCUGAUCUCGUGUGUAUUCCUCAAUGCGAUCAAAUUCACCAAUAAUGGCACCAUCACUGUCUGCGCCACUUUCGAACCCCAGAAAAAUGAUGUUUUCAUACUUGUUCGCGAUACUGGCCCCGGAAUCCCGGCUGCAUUCCUGCCCAACCUCUUCAAACCAUUUGCCCGUGAGGAUGCAUCGACCACUAGAAGCAAAGAUGGCCUAGGCCUUGGUCUUCUUGUAGCGAAAGGCCUUUCCCGCAAAAUGGGUGGUGAUUUGACCUGUGUACGUUCGUCGACUUCUGGGCCUGAUCGGGGUACGGAAUUCCGCAUUCGAAUCCCUGUAAACCAACGGGAAGCUGAAUUUCGCCCUGCAACUCCUGGGGAGAGGACCUUGACGUCACCAACUACCGACCAAACACAACAGGGCGGGGUCAGCAGCUUCUUGUGUGAUACCUCUUCCUCCAGCUCGCCAUUCGUCCUUCUCCAAAACUGCCAACUGCAACAACCGACCCCGAGUGCCAGCGACGAAAGCAUGUCUCAAAGCCCAACACCCCCACGAACGUCACCACAAAUCCGUCUGCAUCAAACACUCAUCUCCGGGGAUGUAUAUGACAAGAAGCUUGGAGAGAAAUAUCCACUGCGCUUUCUAGUUGCUGAAGAUAAUCGUAUCAACCGGCGCGUACUGGUGAACAUGUUACGCAAGCUUGGUUACAGCGAUGUACUUGAAGCUGCCGAUGGCCAAGAGGCGGUGCAGAUCGUCGAAGGCAUUCUGUCCACCUCGAAGCCCUCACGCGCGCCAGGUAUCGAUAUCGAUCCUGUGAACGGAAUGCAAGGCGUAAUCAACGAGCGACCUUCGACUCCCAAAAUGAAACCGAUUGAUGUCGUCCUCAUGGAUCUCUGGAUGCCUAAAAUGGACGGAUACGAAGCCACCUCUCGAAUUCUCGAGAUGGUCAACAAACAUCGGGAUCAAUACGCUUCUUUUGAGCCAUCGAAAUGUAAUAGCCCGGACUCCAUGGAAAUGGAUCCAGCCCCUAAUACAUUCUGUGCGCCACCACCUCCCACCGUCCUUGCUGUGAGUGCCGACGUUACCGAUGAAGCACUCAAUCGCGCCUCCUUGGUGGGAAUUAAAGGCUACAUGACGAAGCCUUACAAACUUUGCGAUCUCGAACGAUUGAUUAUUGAAUUUUGCGGUACUGGCAAACCCCUUGCCUAA